AUGGCGCAGAGGACGGACGGCAUCAUCACCCCUUCCAGCAAAGCUGGAGCUGCCAAGUUAGUUAAGAAAAAUUUCUUGGAGGCAAUAAAGUCAAAUGACUUCAGAAAACUGGAGACUAUUUUAAUCCAGAGGCAAUUAGAUGUGGACACAGUGUUUGAAGUUGAAGAUGAGAAUAUGAUUUUGGCAUCUUACAAACAAGGCUAUUGGUUGCCCAGUUAUAAGCUGAAGUCUUCCUGGGCAACCGGCCUGCACCUCGCGGUCUUGUUCGGCCAUGUGGAAACCCUGACGGUACUGCUGGACCACAAUGCUACCAUCAACUGCCGGCCGAACGGGAAGACCCCUCUGCACGUGGCUUGUGAAAUGGCCCACCUCGAGUGCGUGAAGGUGCUCUGUGACCGCGGUGCCAAGCUCAACUGCUACUCCCUGAGCGGUCACACUGCUCUGCACUUCUGUACCACACCGGACUCCAUCCUCUGUGCCAAGCAGUUGGUGCGGCGAGGUGCAAACGUGAACAUGAAAACCAACAACCAGGAUGAGGAGACACCCUUGCACACGGCUGCCCACUUUGGCCUGUCCGAGCUGGUGGCCUUCUAUGUGGAGAAUGGGGCCAUCGUCGACAGCCUGAACGCCCACAUGGAGACCCCGCUGGCCAUCGCCACAUACUGGGCCCUCCGCUUCAAGGAGCAGGAGUACAGCAGGGAGCACCACCUCAUCUGCCGCAAGCUGCUGGACAACAACGCCGAGGUCAACGCCCGUGACGACGACUUCAAGUCCCCUCUGCACAAGGCUGCAUGGAAUUGCGACCACGUGCUCAUGCACAUGAUGCUGGAGGCGGGCGCCGAGGCCAACAUGAUGGAUAUCAAUGGCUGCGCGGCCAUCCAGUACGUGCUGAAGGUCACCUCCGUGCGCCCUGCUGCACAGCCUGAGCUCUGCUACCAGCUGCUGCUCAACUACGGGGCUGCGAGGAUCUACCCCCCACAGUUCCACAAGGUGAUCCAGGCUUGCCACUCUUGUCCCAAAGCCAUUGAAGUUGUGGUCAAUGCCUACGAGCACAUCAGGUGGAACAUGAAGUGGAGGAGAGCUAUUCCCGACGACGUGCUGGAGAAACACUGGGAUUUCUACCACUCUCUCUUCAAGGUGUGCUGCAACACUCCCCGGACCCUCAUGCAUCUAUCGAGAUGUGCCAUCCGGAAGGCGUUGAAUGAGAGAUGCCACAACGCAAUUCCUCUGCUGUCCCUCCCCUUGCCAUUGAAGAAGUACUUGCUUUUGGAGCCAGAGGGAAUCAUUUAUUAAGUCUUAGGAGACAACAGUUCCCAAUCCUAGAUGUUUAAGUGGGCUUGCUGGGUAGGCACAGUUUGCAGAUAUAAAAUGGUACUUGGGUUGAUUAUAUCACUUUAGGGCUUACAGAACACUUUACACACAACAUGUCAUUAAUCCUAGAGUAGCAUGCUGCGGGAAAAUAAGCAAGUCAAGUUAAGGAAUUUUCAAAGACAUGACUGCAUUUAGAAGGCAGGCACCGACAUAGCAGUGAUAGCGUGUAUAGCGACAGCUUUUAUUAGAUAUCCUGAUGUGUUUUGUGAAUCUUCCACACAUGAUCUUAUCUGAAAAGGGACCCACAUUUUCUUACAAACUAAUCUCAUUCUCCACAUUGUCAGUAAUAGGUUUACAUGACUUUUAAUUUGCAGUGUAUCAGGUUUUGUGAAUGGCUUCUUGAGCUUGCUGUCUCCUGCCGAUGAGCAGUGCGCAGACAUCACUGUUACUAGUGUUAGAAAUGCCUCCUCUCCAAAUUAAGGUCAUCCACCUUCUUUUGGUGAUAAAAGCACAGGAGUGCAAUGGGAACAAGAAAGAAAUGGGAGAGAGAGCGCAGUUCACUGAAUAGUCAAGGAAUAGACAUUUCAAUUUGAGCACACUCACUGAGCCGGAUCCUGGAGCCCACAGAUGAGCCGACAAGGACUUCUGUCCUCCAGGGUCAUAUCUUUAAAAGAGGAUCCAGACGUCCAAGCAGGUGACUGCAGUGUGAGGUGGCGGGGCGAGAGUACAGGUGCAGACCCGUAUCUAGCGCUUACCUUUCUGGCACGUGCUUUUGAGCUUGAAGCGUGGGCUUUCUUUUCCUUUGAGCCAUGAAGACAACGCAUGGAGAGUUAUGUAGAGGGACCUGCUACUGUUCACGUAAAUGUCUUUGAGUUUCUCCAUAUAAUCCAGUCAGGUUUUAUUUUGUAUGGUUUCCUACUUAAUACCUUCACAGACUCUGAGAAAGAUAUUCUAUGCCCCGGAUCCCACUAGGAUGAGAAAGAAGUUUAGAGAAGUGGGCAAAGGCACGCGUGAAAAAAAGAACUUAGCUGAUUUUCUUGUCUUCUCAAGGAUUAGACUGAUAUUUCAGAGCAUUGUAGCUGAUAGAUAAGAAACCUGCAUUUUAACAAUGGCUCCCGUUGACUAUAAGCAGAAAGACCUUGAAAUGGCGAAUCUUUAAGAAGCAUAGAAAGAAACAUGUUGUUUAAGACUUAGUGUUCCCUAAUAGAAUCCUGCUGAUAGGCUGCUUGGAAAACUCUGCUUCACACAUUUGCUUCUCACUGAUGGAGUUAGAUUAGUUUAUUGUCUCUGGGCACUGAUUCUGUAGCAGUUAAAGUAGUAGUAAACUGUAGACUUUGUGCCUACUGUCGUGGGCAGACUUUAAUUUGUGUGUGGCCUUGUUCCUUGUGUGUUGUGGGACCUGUGGUGUUGACUAGAGACGAUGUAGCUCCCCACUUAGCUUUGUGAAUUGAAACCCCCACUUCCAGUGUUGUGUAGAAAAACCUGUAGGUGGAUGUGGUCAUAUUUUUGAAGUUGCAGUUUAGCUAAGCUAAUUUCAGAAAAAAAUAUAUUCUGAAUAAAACAAGAUCUCUAUCGCAGGACAUAAUGUUCAAUUUGUAGGUGACACAUAAGAAAUGAACCGAGUGUUCUUUAGAACAUAACCCAGAAUAUUCAAAGGAUUGGACUUUUCUCUUCAUCACCAGGAACACUCUGGUUGAAAAGUCUGUGGUAGACUUAUUGGUAACAGGUAAAGCGGGACUGAGGACAAUCAGGAACGGUGUUCCUCACAUAGAGAGAUGGAAGGGUUUGUCACCGUGUUGCUGUGUUGGAAUGUUUGCCUCAGUUGAGCAUAGAAUACGUGGCUACUCGUUUUGAAUUGCUCGU